CCGUUUGAUCAUAUAUAUAAUAGUUAUGUACUUCCGAUACUUUUGUAUGUCAUCAAAAUAAUAUCGAAAAUAUCAGUGCGUGAAAGAUAAUAUAUAUUAAUUAGUUGUGACCACAGUCAAAUUUUGUGGAUGAUAUGAAAAGUUGGGUUUCUCAAAUUUUUAUAAUUAUUUAUUAUAUAUUUUCUUGUUUUAUACGUGUUGGAUCCACGUCAAUAUACCAAUCUAUUAGACCUUCCACGCAAAUUCAAAUUCUAGUUGUAAAAUAGCUUCGAUGUAAAAUAGUUGUAAGAAAACAUGCUCUUUUAUUUUCAUUCUAGAAUUGUACUACUUUUCUCAUAAUAUAGUGUGCAUUAAACUGCCAACAACACAUAUUUCUUUUCAAUAUAUAGUGCACGCACUUAUUUGACUCGUAUAUUACCUUAGUCUUCGUACAAGAAUUCAUCAAGCUCUAGAAGUAUAGGUUAUGCUAUGCAUUUCACUUUUGGUAAACUUGUACAUAUACAGGGGCGAAGCUACCCAGUGGAAAGAGGGUGCACGUGCACACCCAAUUUUUUGAAAAUUUAAUGUUAACUGUUAUGAAUUUAUGAUUGUGCACCCUUAAAAAAUCUGUACCAAACCAUAAUGAAAAUAAAAAGAAAAAACAACUAAACCCAUUAAAGAUUAAAUUAACUCCAAAGCCCAAUUAUAUUCUCUACACUUUUUUUUUGUUAAACCCUAACUAUUCUUAGUUAUGUCUACGGCUGAUACAAAAUUUUAAUCUUCCAAGCUUCUUCUUAAACGUGAAACGUGCAAGUACAAAUCAUCAAAUCUAAUUGAGAGAGUUUUUUUUCUCUUGUCUACCAUACAAAACUGGUAAUUAAUUAAAUAUUAUUUAUGUUUAUGCAAUUAUGCUUUGAAUUGUUCAAUUGUUCCAACAAUGUCAAUGUCUAUGAUUAGUAAUUAUUUAAAUAUCAUCUGAAUUUUUGUUUCAGUCGUACAAGUCCAAGGUCAAAGAUAGAGGCUGUACUCUUGAUUAGAAUUGAUCGUUUACAGGUUUUACUUACUUAUAAUUUUUAUGAAUAAUAUUUUUGCUAGACCGUAUGUUUUUAUUUAUGUUAUGUUUUUGGUUUUGUAGAUUAAUCAAUGGAACGGUACUACAAACCAGCAUCAGUUUCACCAUCUGAUAACACCUUACCAUCUAAUGAUACUGAUGAUUUGCCGUGGGAUCCUGCUAAAAGAAAAAAUAUCAAGGAUUAUAAUGCAAAUCAAGUCGAUGAGGUAAGACGCAAGUACCUUCUUAGAGGCCCGUGUCAACCACUUGGUCAUAACUUUGAAAAGAGACUCAUAGGUGGUAAAAUGAGACGAUUCAAUCCAGCUUGGUUUGGUCUGUAUGGUAAUUGGCUAGAGUAUAGUGUAUCAGAGGAAAAAGCUUAUUGUUUGUGUUGCUACUUGUUUAGAGAUGAUGCGUAUCCUGGAUUUGUGAGGGAUGGAUUCUCGAAUUGGCAUAAGCCUGAUAGGUUAUCUUUCCAUGUAGGAGAGCUUAACAGUUCUCACAAUAAUGCUGUCAAGAAGUGUGAUGAUUUGAUGAAUCAAGGUCAAUCCAUAGUGCAUGCUAUGUAUAAGAAGACUAAUGCGAUGAAAAAUGAGUAUCGUAUCAGAUUAAAUGCUUCUGUUGAUGUUUCUAGAUACUUAUUGCGACAAGGAUUAGCUUUUCGAGGUCAUAGAGAAGGAGAAGAUUCUUCUAACAAAGGCAACUUUUUAGAACUUCUGAAAUACACAGCUGAUCACAAUGAUAUUAUAAGAAAAGUUGUUUUGGAGAAUGCUCCGGGAAAUAACAAGAUGGUUUCUUCAGAGAUUCAAAAGGACAUUGUAAACGCUUUUGCAGAAGAAGUGGUGAAAUCUGUUAUAGAAGAAAUUGAUAACGGAGUGUUUGGUCUAUUAGUAGAUGAAUCUGCUGAUGUGUCUGACAAAGAACAGAUGGCUGUUGUUUUUCGAUUUGUUGAUAAGAAAGGAGCAGUCAAAGAAAGGUUCGUUGGAGUUGUCCAUGUGAAAGAGACUUCUUCUUUAUCUUUGAAGCAUGCUAUUGAUGAGUUGUUUGCUAAGUAUGGACUGAGCUUAAAAAAAGUGAGAGGACAAGGUUAUGACGGAGCUAGUAAUAUGAAAGGAGAGUUCAAUGGGUUGCGAUCAUUGAUUACUAAAGAAAACAGCUCUGCAUAUUAUGUUCAUUGCUUUGCUCAUCAACUUCAGUUGGUUGUAGUGGCUGUUGCGAAAAAGAUAUUUGAGAUUGCUGAUUUCUUUGAUAUGGUUUCUAUGUUACUGAAUGUGGUUGGAGCUUCUUGCAAACGGAAAGAUAAAGUCCGGGAAAAUUAUCGAGACGAGAUAAAUGUUGGAAUUGCUAGUGGUGACAUUAACACUGGGAAAGGACAGAAUCAAGAAAUUUCUUUUCAAAGGCCUGGAACUACAAGGUGGGGUUCUCAUUAUAAAACGUUGUUGCGUUUGGUUGGGUUGUUUUCUACUAUUAUUAAAGUUCUUGAGUAUAUCGAAGAGGAAGGCGCCGAUGAUUCUAAGAGAUGCCAGGCAUAUGGUCUUCUCAAGUAUGCUCAGACAUUUGAUUGUGUGUUCUAUAUGCAUCUGAUGUUACUUAUUUUGGGAAUAUGUGAGAAUCUAUCAAUGGCUUUGCAAAGCAAAAAUCAAGACAUUUUGAAUGCUAUGUCACUAGUAGAAUCUACUAAGCGGGAAUUACAGAGAGUAAGAGAUGAUGGAUGGGAUUCACUUAUGUUGACAAUUUCUUCUUUUUGUGAGAAACAUGAUACUCAGAUGCUCGAUAUGGAAGAAGGUUUUAUCGAUUCUCGGAGGCCAAGGAAAAAAACCAACAUCACUAAUUUGCAUCACUAUAAGGUUCAUUGCUUUAAUGCAACUUUGGAUUUGCAACUUCAGGAAUUCAACGAUCGUUUUACUGAGGUAAACACUGAGCUGCUUAUUUGUAUGGCUUCCUUAAAUCCUAUUGGUGCUUUUCGUGGAUUUGACAAGUCAAAGUUGGUGAAGUUGGCUAAGUUCUAUCCAGAUGACUUCAGUUUUAUGGACUGUUUAUCGCUUGAGCAACAACUUGGUAUUUUCAUCGACAAUGUACGACAUGAUCAACGAUUUAAAAAUCUGAAGAGUCUUGGAGAUCUUUCUCUUCUGAUGGUAGAAACACAAAAGCAUAUUGCACAUCCUUUGGUUUAUAGACUUUUGAAGUUGGUUUUGACUUUGCCGGUUGCUACUGCAAGUGUUGAAAGAUGCUUCUCAGCAAUGAAACUAGUGAAGACAUCUUUACGAAAUCGAAUGGGAGAUCAUUUUUUAAGUGAUUAUCUCAUUUGUUUUAUCGAAAAGGAAUUGCUUGACGAUGUCACAAACGAAGAAGUGUUGAUUCGAUUUCAAGCCAUGAGUGAAAGAAGGAUGCUUUUGUAAAAUGUUGUUUUUAACAUAAAAAUGUUGUUUUUAAUACUUUUUUAAUAUUUUCAUAAUUUAUUUAAUAUUAUUUACUUUAAUAAUAGUGCACCCGUGAUAAAAACUUCCUGGCUUCGCCCCUGUACAUAUACGUAAUGAAUUAUGAAUUACUACUUCAUAAUAUAGUUAAUCCAUUUCAUAUAUGGAGUGUUUGACCCUAAUAAAGUGUCCAUGACGUGGCCUGCAUGUCGAGAUUCGUUUACUGAGAAAUGUAUCAUUAUUCAUUAAUCAAAGAAUGCGUUAGGUGAUGAUUACUAUAAUAAUCUCUAGCUAAUUAGUACUCUUCGGUUGGCGCACGAAUUAUGAUAUAUAUAUUUAACAUAAUGAUAUCAGUGCCGGUACCUUCCGAGUAUAAUAAUCAGCUAGACAAGGACGACUUAUACUUUUAAUAUGCAUGAGAAAUCAUCAAAGUAUUGAUAUUUCAAAGAUAAUAUAGGAUAAGUGUUUCAAAGAAUCAAAGUAUAUAUUAAACGCAGGCCCAAGAACUUUAUAUCAAAAAAUUGUAGAUUUGCCGGCUUUCUUGGCACAAAAAUCGUGGGCUUCCUGGCCCAAAUCGGUUAACCUUCCUUUAUAACUUUAAAUCUAAAGCAUAGCCCAAUGUUUCAAAAGCCCAUCACGACCCAAAUGAAUUUAGCUUCAAAACGUUUUAUGUUACAAAACUCUCUCCACCGUCCGAUGAUUAAUUAAUCAGCUAUCAGAGAUCAACGGUGAAUAACGCAACAAAUCGUAAGGAGCCCAAAGCGAAUCCAACGGACAAGGCCUUCUGGAGUCAAGCCUUAGCCAUGGCUUCCCUUUCCCGCUCCAAUGCAACAAACUCACCGGACCCGGAUGCAGAUUCCGACAAAGCCCUUCCAUGUUAUCACCCCCGAGACCAUGCUGGUUCCACCUGUGCUCCACUGGUUCAACAUCUCCGGCGAAAACCAGCAGAAACGGCGGCAAAGACCCCAGCUCGUAGAUACGGUGCCGUUUCUGGAUUCUCAUCCACGUCUCAAGCUUCACCGUGAACCUCCCUUCUCUCCAUCUCCCUAGAUCGAUCACCAUCACGCCGGUGUUGAAGUAGCACGGCUUCCUCCCUUUCAGCGCCGACUUGUACCCCUGGCUCGACCAGAAUCUUGAAGUGAAGUAGUGGGUGAAGUUAGCGUGACAGUACUCCGGAGCUCCGACGACGUGACGGCCAAGUUCGAUCCCCCAGAGCUUCGCCACGUCGUCGACCACGACGAGAUCGGAGUCGAAGUAUAUCACGCGGCGCACGGAGGCGGAGAGGAGAUCGGCGAGGUAGAUCCGGGCGUAGUUUAGCGGCUGGUCCAAGGCGCGGCGAAUGGAGGAGGAGAUCUUGCUGCGGACGAGGUUAGGGUCAAAAUGGUAAAUUUGGAAGGUUAAGUAAGGGAACGUGGAGGAGAUUAUGCGGCGGAGAUCGGCGCUGCGGCGUUGAGUUGCGAUGAAGUGGAAAACGACGUUUUCGGGGCAAGAGGCGUGCUGGAGAACGGAGAAGACUCCGGCGACCGAGCCGCGGAGGUAGAUGGCGUCGAGAGUCAUCGCGAUGUGGAUGAUCGAAGGGUUGUGUGUGCGAUCCUCCGGUGACCAUACCGUUUUGAAGCAUUCUCUGCCGUUUCGAAACGCCGGGGCUUCUCGAAACGCGGGGAGAUCAGUGUCGGUGGUAGUAACGCUGCUAAUCGCGAUUGGAAACAGCAGAAACAGACAUAAACGUAAACACAUUGCCGACACUUUUUGAGUUUUGAACUGAGUGUCUGAGUGAAGACAAGAGUGUGAAAGAGAGAACCGGCUUUUUGUGUCUUUGUUAAAUUGUUAAUCGCGGAUUAGGGGUAGUUUCGACAUUUUCAGACAAGUUUCGUUAAUGGCAAGCGUUAUUAAUUGUUAAUUUGUCGUCACUUGUAUUAUAGAAUAUUUUUAUUGAUGUAAAGUAGUUAGUA